AUGGCGGGUCUAUCAUUUGAUAAUUAUCAGAGAAACCAGUAUUUGACCGCUCAGUCUCAUAAACAGCCUCAAGCUACAUCGACAGGUACUACAAUUGUUGGUGUAAAGUUUGAGAACGGAGUUGUAAUUGCAGCUGAUACCAGGUCUACCCAAGGGCCAAUAGUGGCGAAUAAAAACUGUGAGAAGUUGCAUAAGAUUUCCUCAAGGAUUUGGUGUGCAGGUGCAGGUACUGCAGCAGAUACAGAUGCGGUUACCGGUCUAAUUGGUUCAAAUCUUGAAUUACAUUCGUUGUUUACCGGAAGAGAGCCAAGGGUUGUAUCUGCUCUACAAAAGUUGAAGCAGCAUUUGUUUAAGUACCAGGGCCAUAUUGGAGCAUACUUGAUUGUUGCUGGAGUUGAUCCUACUGGUGCUCAUUUAUUUUCAGUUCAUGCACAUGGUUCAACAGAUGUAGGCUACUACCAGAGUUUAGGAUCAGGUUCGCUAGCUGCUAUGGCUGUUUUGGAGGCAAAUUGGAAGGAACAUCUAACCAAGGAGGAAGCAAUAAAAUUAGCUGCAGAUGCCAUUGAAGCUGGUAUUUGGAACGAUUUAGGUUCUGGAUCUAAUGUCGAUGUCUGUGUGAUGGAAGUUGGUAAAGAUGCUGAGUUAUUGAGAAAUUAUAUUACACCAAAUGUUAGAGAAGCCAAGCAGAAAUCUUACAAGUUCGACCGUGGCACUACAGCUGUGCUCAAGGAGUCUAUUUUAGAAGUAUAUGAUGAAGAAAUAGUGACGCUCUCGUGA